CUGCCACAGCCACCUCAACUGCAACUGCAACUGCAGCCAGCCCGGGGAGAGAAGGUGGAGGGAGGACGGCGUCCAGCUCCAUCAUGGACCAUUAUGACUCCUCGCAAACCAACGACUACAUGCAGCCCGAAGAGGACUGGGACCGGGACCUGCUGCUGGACCCGGCGUGGGAGAAGCAGCAGAGAAAGACAUUUACAGCCUGGUGCAACUCCCACCUCCGCAAAGCUGGGACGCAGAUUGAGAACAUUGAGGAGGACUUCCGGGAUGGCCUGAAGCUCAUGUUGCUGCUGGAGGUCAUCUCAGGUGAGCGCUUGGCCAAGCCAGAGAGAGGCAAAAUGCGGGUGCACAAGAUCUCCAACGUCAACAAGGCCCUGGACUUCAUCGCCAGCAAGGGCGUCAAGCUGGUGUCCAUUGGAGCGGAGGAAAUUGUGGAUGGAAACGUCAAAAUGACCCUGGGCAUGAUCUGGACCAUCAUCCUUCGAUUUGCCAUUCAGGACAUCUCUGUGGAAGAGACGUCUGCAAAGGAAGGGCUGCUACUAUGGUGUCAGAGGAAGACAGCCCCAUACAAGAACGUCAACAUUCAGAACUUCCACAUAAGCUGGAAGGAUGGCCUCGGCUUCUGUGCCUUGAUCCACCGACACCGGCCUGAGCUCAUAGACUAUGGAAAGCUGAGGAAGGACGAUCCUCUCACAAACCUCAACACAGCUUUUGAUGUGGCUGAGAAGUACCUGGACAUCCCCAAGAUGUUGGAUGCAGAAGACAUCGUGGGAACCGCCCGUCCGGAUGAGAAGGCCAUCAUGACUUACGUGUCCAGCUUCUACCACGCCUUCUCGGGAGCCCAGAAGGCGGAGACAGCAGCCAACCGUAUCUGCAAGGUGUUGGCCGUAAACCAGGAGAACGAGCAGCUCAUGGAAGACUAUGAGAAACUGGCCAGCGAUCUGUUGGAGUGGAUCCGCCGCACCAUCCCCUGGCUGGAGAACCGGGUGCCCGAGAACACCAUGCACGCCAUGCAGCAGAAGCUGGAGGACUUCCGCGACUACCGGCGCCUGCACAAGCCGCCCAAGGUGCAGGAGAAGUGCCAGCUGGAGAUCAACUUCAACACGCUGCAGACCAAGCUGCGCCUCAGCAACCGGCCCGCCUUCAUGCCCUCCGAGGGCAGGAUGGUCUCGGACAUCAACAACGCCUGGGGCUGCCUGGAGCAGGCUGAGAAGGGCUACGAGGAAUGGCUGCUGAAUGAGAUCCGGAGGCUGGAGCGGCUCGACCACCUGGCGGAGAAGUUCCGGCAGAAGGCGUCCAUCCAUGAGGCCUGGACAGAAGGCAAGGAAGCGAUGCUGCGACAGAAGGACUAUGAGACGGCCACCCUGUCGGAGAUCAAGGCCCUCCUCAAGAAGCAUGAGGCCUUUGAGAGUGACCUGGCUGCCCACCAGGACCGCGUGGAGCAGAUUGCGGCCAUUGCUCAAGAACUCAAUGAGCUGGACUAUUACGACUCACCCAGUGUCAACGCCCGGUGCCAAAAGAUCUGUGACCAGUGGGACAAUCUGGGGGCCCUCACCCAGAAGCGGAGGGAAGCUCUGGAGCGGACAGAGAAACUGCUGGAGACCAUUGAUCAGCUGUACUUGGAGUAUGCCAAGCGGGCCGCACCCUUCAACAACUGGAUGGAGGGGGCCAUGGAGGACCUGCAGGACACCUUCAUCGUCCACACCAUCGAGGAGAUCCAGGGACUGACCACAGCCCAUGAGCAGUUCAAAGCCACCCUCCCUGAUGCUGACAAGGAGCGCCUGGCCAUCCUGGGCAUUCACAACGAGGUGACCAAGAUUGUGCAGACCUACCACGUCAACAUGGCGGGCACCAACCCCUAUACAACCAUCACACCUCUGGAGAUCAAUGGCAAAUGGGACCAUGUGCGGCAGCUGGUGCCACGGAGGGACCAGGCACUGACAGAGGAACACACCCGCCAGCAACACAACGAGAGGCUACGCAAGCAGUUCGGGGCCCAGGCCAAUGUCAUUGGACCCUGGAUCCAGACCAAGAUGGAGGAGAUUGGCAGGAUCUCCAUUGAGAUGCACGGCACACUGGAGGAUCAGCUCAGCCAUCUGCGGCAGUACGAGAAGAGCAUCGUCAACUACAAGCCAAAGAUUGACCAGCUGGAGGGCGACCACCAGCUCAUCCAGGAGGCACUUAUUUUCGACAACAAGCACACUAACUACACCAUGGAGCACAUCCGUGUGGGCUGGGAACAGCUCCUCACCACCAUCGCCAGGACCAUCAAUGAGGUGGAGAACCAGAUUCUGACCCGGGAUGCCAAGGGCAUCAGCCAGGAACAGAUGAAUGAGUUCCGGGCCUCCUUCAACCACUUUGACCGGGAUCACUCCGGCACGCUGGGUCCCGAGGAGUUCAAAGCCUGCCUCAUCAGCUUGGGUUAUGAUAUUGGCAACGACCCCCAGAAGAAGACAGGCAUGAUGGAUACGGAUGAUUUCCGGGCCUGCCUUAUCUCCAUGGGUUACAACAUGGGAGAGGCCGAAUUUGCCCGUAUCAUGAGCAUCGUGGACCCCAACCGCCUAGGGGUGGUGACGUUCCAAGCCUUCAUCGACUUUAUGUCCCGUGAGACGGCUGACACAGACACGGCCGACCAAGUCAUGGCUUCCUUCAAGAUCCUGGCUGGAGACAAGAACUAUAUCACAGUGGACGAGCUACGCCGAGAACUGCCACCUGACCAGGCCGAGUACUGCAUCGCACGAAUGGCGCCCUACGCUGGCCCCGACGCCGUGCCCGGUGCUCUGGACUAUAUGUCCUUCUCCACGGCGCUGUACGGAGAGAGUGACCUCUAAUCUGCCCCCCUGGGGCCUGGAGCCCCCACCCGGCCUUCUGGCUCCAUGCAAGCCCUUGCCCUGUGCCCACCCCACCCACUCCCCUGCUUCCCCUCGCUCCUGCCCCAGCCUGGGUUUGGUGUCUGCGCUCAGCCAAAACAAAACCAGGUGAGCUGAGACCCAUGUGGCCUGGAGCCUCCCUGCCCGCAAAAGUGACAGUUUACAAAAUUAUUUUCUGCAAAAAAGAAAAAAAAAAAGUUAUGUUAAAAAAGGUUUAAAAAAAAAAAAAGAAAACUAAACAAAAAAAAAAGCAACCAAAAAAGCCACAUAUUUUAUUAUAGAAAAGUAUUUUUUUCUCCACCAGACUUCCAUGGAAAAAGAGGAAAAGUUGACUCUUUGCACCAAGAUGUUUUGUUGUUGUUGUUGUGACAUAGGAAAAUAACUAAGCACAAUGCCAUGGUCCAUCUGUCCAUCCGUCCCCUCCCUCUGUCCCAUCGGCUGUGUUCAUUUCUCCAGUCUCGGUCCCCCUGUGGGAAUGCGGGGAGGGGAGGGGCGACCUUCUCAACAGGCACGUUGGUGCAUGUGUGUUUGCUAGUUCACUCUCCAUGAAAAUAUUUUAUGAUAUUAAAGAAAAUCUUUUGAAAUGGCUGUUUUUUAGGAAGAGAA